ACUGGCCCCUAGGCCUUGACCUCGGCUGAUUAGCUUGUUGGCUUAGUGCUAGGCUGCCGCCUAGGGACGCCUCUGGGAGUCCAUCUCUGGAUUAGCCGACUAUAACUCCCAACGGCCCUCGCGCGAUCUAUUGGUCUCCUUUGCGAACCUCGGCGCGAGGCAUACUGGGAAAUGUAGUUCCUACUAUUCAGGGCGCGGGUCCGCUGCAACCCUGUGGGAGAGGACUACUGUUGUGUAGGGCACGCCCUGUAACUUUUGAGACUUGAUAGAGAGUGCAAGUUUUUUCAGAAUGGGAACCAGGGAGGACGUCAGGAUUCAGUCCUCUACUGCAGACUCUUCGAGGUCUCUAGUGUCCUGUGUAAUAAGUUCAGACUGGGUUCUUCAAACUCUGCACUUCCCUCCAGUUAUCUUUCCUCUAAGCCCAGUUUUCCAAGUGGAGAAGACCCGCCAGAAAGUCUGGAGCGCUAGAGUCGACCCCAGGACCCCAGCCUCCGGCCCAGGGCCUAAACCCCGCCCCCAUAGCUUAUCCUUAGCCGUGGCACCCCCCGUGGGAACUAGGACCAGCUGGCCGGAAGCGCCAAACUGCGUCUCUGUCCAAGCCCUGGGGAUCAAUCAAGCCGAGGAGUUAAUUAUGUAAUGAGGGGGCAGGGGGUCGGGGCUAAUGAAGUUGCCCAAGGAGGAGGGAGGAGGCUAUCCAGGUAUCGAGCCCCCUUUCGGAUCCCUUCGAGGCCCCAGGGAUCUUCACUCCAGUCCACCUUCAGGGCCCCAAAGAGGGGAGGGGCUGUGAUCCCGGGUCUGCAAGGGGCUGAGCUGUGAGCUAUAAAGAAGCAUCUCUCAGUACUUGGGGACUCCAGGCAGCGUGACCUGAGAGGCCAGCAGGACUACAACAUGUACCAUCCUCGAGAGUUGUACCCAUCCCUGGGGACCAGUUACCGUCUGGGGCCCCCCCAGUCUGGAGCUGACUCCAGCUUUCCUACUGCCUUGGCAGAGGGCUAUCGCUAUCCCGAUCUAGACACCCCCAAACUGGAUUGCUACCUCUCUGGGAUUGAAACUGUGCCACGCACUCUGGCUGCACCCCCACCUCUGCCCCUUCUGCCCCCCACCCUGGGCACUGAGCCAGCCCUGCCAACUGCAGAGGCCCUUCACUCGCUCCCUGGGGUCAUCUUGAGCCUGGAGAACCAAGAGUUGUGGAAGGAGUUCAGCGCUGUGGGGACAGAGAUGAUCAUCACCAAAGCUGGCAGACGCAUGUUCCCUGCUUGCCGAGUGUCAGUUACUGGCCUGGAUCCCGAGGCCCGUUACCUGUUUCUUCUGGACGUGGUGCCAGUGGAUGGGGCUCGCUAUCGCUGGCAAGGCCGGCGGUGGGAGCCCAGCGGGAAGGCAGAGCCCCGCCUACCCGACCGAGUCUACAUUCACCCUGACUCUCCCGCCACGGGCGCCCACUGGAUGCGGCAGCCUGUGUCCUUUCAUCGUGUCAAGCUCACCAACAGCACACUGGACCCCCAUGGCCAUGUGAGGCCCAGGCUGGGACCCCAGGAGAGAGGUUGGGGUGGGACUGGGAAGACUAAGGUUGGGGGGCGCCCAGGGCAGGGAAUCACCCCACUUCUUCCCUCCCAGCUGAUCUUGCACUCCAUGCACAAGUACCAGCCCCGCAUACACCUGGUGCGGGCUGCCCAGCUCUGCAGCCAGCACUGGGGGGGCAUGGCCUCCUUUCGCUUCCCCGAGACCACAUUCAUCUCCGUGACAGCCUACCAGAACCCACGGAUCACACAACUGAAGAUUGCAGCCAAUCCCUUUGCUAAAGGCUUCCGGGAGAAUGGCAGAAACUGUAAGAGGGAGCGAGAUGCCCGUGUGAAGAGGAAACUUCGGAGCUCAGACACAGUAGCCACAGAGGCCUAUGGGAGUGGAGAUACACCAGGGGGUCCCUGCGACUCCACUCUGGGAGGGGACAUUCGUGAGUCAGAUCCAGAGCAGGCCCCGGCCCCUCGCGAAGCUGCCCCUGCCCCAGCUCCUCCUUGCAGUGGUCCUAGUGCUGAGGCCUACCUCCUGCACCCUGCAGCUUUCCACGGGGCCCCAGGUCACCUACCAAGCAGGAACCCCAGUUUCUCAGAAACUCCAGACUCAGGGCGCCCCGCCGCUUAUGCAGCUGCUUUCUUGGAGCUGCAGCCUGGAGCGGGGAGCUCAGGCUACCCAGCUGCUCCACCUGCUGCAUCCUUUGCCCCGCAUUUCCUGCAGGGGGGUCCCCUCCCCCUGCCAUAUCCAGGGCCUGGGGGCUACCUGGAUGUGGGCUCCAAGCCUCUGUAUUGAGCUGUCAUUGGGCCACCGUCCCUCCACUUUUUAUCACAGACCUGUUCCCUUCCCCCAGCCCUGUAGCCCCCCCAUUCCAUGGCCCCAUCCCCCCACACCAAAUGGCUGCCUUAAGCCUGUUCCUUCACACCUUGAUUUCACCCCCACCCUCCCCUGGCUUCAAAGCUCAGGCGAGGCAGCUGGGAGUCCAGCUGGGGCCAGCUUCCCCUUCCCAGCUCUCACCUCAGUGUGAAUGGCGGGAGGCUCUGCUUGGCCAAAUGGGGCCACAGCCCAGCACCUCCUGGGGCCGCCCUCACCACCAGUGCAAGGCACAUCGGUUUGUUCUCAGGACUACAGCAUUUUUGUUAAUAAAACUCAAAAGGCAUCAGUGCUCAGGAAA